CCCCCUCCCCUCCCUCCCUCCCCUCCCCUCCCCUCCCCCCCGGGCCCCGCGCCCCCCCCGCCCCCGCCCCCCCCAUGGACAUGCUGGACCCGGGUCUGGAUCCCGCUGCCUCGGCUACCGCUGCUGCCGCCGCCAGCCACGACAAGGGACCCGAGGCGGAGGAGGGCGUCGAGCUGCAGGAAGGCGGGGACGGCCCGGGAGCGGAGGAGCAGACAGCGGUGGCCAUCACCAGCGUCCAGCAGGCGGCGUUCGGCGACCACAACAUCCAGUACCAGUUCCGCACAGAGACAAAUGGAGGACAGGUGACAUACCGCGUAGUCCAGGUGACUGAUGGUCAGCUGGACGGCCAGGGCGACACGACUGGCGCCGUCAGCGUCGUGUCCACCGCUGCCUUCGCGGGGGGGCAGCAGGCUGUGACCCAGGUGGGUGUGGACGGGGCAGCCCAGCGCCCGGGCCCCGCCGCUGCCUCUGUGCCCCCAGGUCCUGCAGCGCCCUUCCCGCUGGCUGUGAUCCAAAAUCCCUUCAGCAAUGGUGGCAGCCCGGCGGCCGAGGCUGUCAGCGGGGAGGCACGAUUCGCCUAUUUCCCAGCGUCUAGUGUGGGAGAUACUACGGCUGUGUCCGUACAGACCACAGACCAGAGCUUGCAGGCUGGAGGCCAGUUCUACGUCAUGAUGACGCCCCAGGAUGUGCUUCAGACAGGAACGCAGAGGACGAUCGCCCCCCGGACACACCCCUACUCUCCAAAAAUUGAUGGAACCAGAACACCCCGAGAUGAGAGGAGAAGAGCCCAGCACAAUGAAGAGUCGAGGUCUUGCUAUGCUGCCCAGGCUCGUCUUGAACUUCUGGCCUCAGGCAGUCCUCCAGUCUUGGCUACAGGCCUGAGCUGCCACGCCCAGUCUUGCUGGUGUUUCAUAAGGUCCAGCCCCUCUUCCGUCGUCCUCAGGUGUAUGAUGUGUGAGGCCCAGCGACAGGCUUGGAAGCUCUUGUGGAGCGGAGGCGAAGGGACAAGAUCAACAACUGGAUCGUCCAGCUUUCGAAAAUCAUUCCAGACUGUAAUGCAGACAACAGCAAGACGGGAGCGAGUAAAGGAGGGAUCCUGUCCAAGGCCUGCGAUUACAUCCGGGAGUUGCGCCAGACCAACCAGCGCAUGCAAGAGACUUUCAAAGAGGCCGAGCGGCUGCAGAUGGACAACGAGCUCCUGAGGCAGCAGAUUGAGGAGCUGAAGAAUGAGAAUGCCCUGCUUCGAGCCCAGCUGCAGCAGCACAACCUGGAGAUGGUGGGCGAGAGCACCCGGCAGUGACGCCCUCUGCCACGGCGCAGCCGCCGCCGCCCACGCCGGCCUCUGCUGCCCCCUUCCCCAGCCCUUAGCACAGAGAGGGACACACGCCCCUCCCCCAGCUGCGUUUUUUUAUAGUAGAUUUUUAACAAAAAACGGGGAGAAAUAAUGGAUUUCUGUGGAUACAGUGCCCACCGCCCUCCUCCACUUGGAAACAGUAUCCUCCCUCCCCAUCCGUCUGUCUGUCGCCCUUCUCCCAGCCCUCAAUACGCCCCGGCACUUCUAGUGGUCUCACCUGGAGGCAAGAGGGAGGGGGACAGAGGCCCUUCCGUGUCCCGCUGCCUCCUGCUCUCUGGAGGUACUGAGACAGGGUGCUGAUGGGAAGGAGGGGAGCCUUUGGGGGGGCCACCCGGGGCCUGGACCUAUGCAGGGAGGCCACGUCCCACCCCACCUCUUGUUUCUGGGUCCCUGCUCCCCUUUGGGUGUGUGUGUGUGUGUUUUAAUUUUCUUUAUGGAAAAAUUGACAAAAAAAAUAGAGAGAGAGAGGUAUUUAACUGCAAUAAACUGGCCCCAUGUGGCCCCCGCCUUGUC